CCCUUCUUCCUGGCCAUGCUGGGGGAAAGGUACGGUUGGAUCCCCUCCAUGCAGGACGUUUCCUCGGAGAUCAGGGACAAGUACAGCUGGGUGGACCGCCUGUCCAUCACACACAUGGAGAUAGUCCGGGGCGCUGUCCGCUACAACAACCCCAACGCCGCGUUCUUCCUCAGGGACCCUGACUUCCUGAAGGACGUACCUCAGGGACAGCUCGGGAACUUUGUGGACACCGCGGAACUAAAUACGCAACAACAAAAGGUUGAUUUAUCCGGACUAGGAAGAUUUUGCAAGUUGGCGGUGAAGUUUCUGAAGACAGCGAUCGGGAGAAGAUACCCCGAGUCCAGGGGUAACCUGUCAGUUCGCGACCAAGCCGCUCUUCCACACACGGACUUUAUGGAGGAGAAGGGGCGGUUCCUGACCGGACGUGACGCGGAGAUGCAGAGGGUCGUGAACUUCGCCCUGUCCCAUUGGUCCAGAGAACCUUAUAAGGACAUCUGCAGGAUCAAUGACCUGUCGGAUGAUAACCCCAGUGUUGAAGAGCCGGCGGUUCUGAUUGGUGAUGACCCUGGUGCUGAAGAGCCGGCAGUUAUGAUUAGUUCGCGUCUUGAGCCCGAACCCGUGUCACGUGACCGGGCCCUGAUGGUGGUACUGGGAGAGUCCGGCACGGGAAAGUCGCUGUUCAUGGCGCGAUGUGCGAUGGAAAUUAGAAAGAUCUUGGACGAUGAGCAGUUGGAACUGCUGACGUCCUCCGCAGGUGCGGGGAACCCUGUGUGGCUUGCCCUGGCGUGUGAGGAGCUGAGGGUGUUUGGAGACUUCAACAGGCUGACUGAAAAGAUCAAAGCCCUUCCUGACUCCAUGGAGGGUCUGAUGCACACCUGCAUUACUCGAGUCGUGAAGGAAGACGACACUGGCUGUGUGGAAAAGAUGCUGUGUCUGAUUGAGUGCUCCCAGCUCGGUCUCCAGGAGUCAGAGUUACAGAUGUUGCUAGGCAACCCUGAAACAGCCACGCCCUUACCUGCGCUCACCUGGGGUCACGUGCUCAGGAGCCUGAGACGUUUCCUGAGAAACACGGCCGGCUACCAGAACCUUCCCGUGCUGGGGUUCUUCCAUCAUUCUAUCAGCAAGGUUGUACAGGAAAGCCUUAUCAAGACCCCCGCAGUCCGCCAAAAUUACCACCUCGCCCUGGCAGACUACUACCAGAGUCAGUGUGCCGUCCAGCAGCUUGUGGCCAGGAAGCUGCCGUACCAGCUACACAGGACUGGGAUGAACGGCAAACUUGUGGCAUUCUUACAGAAGGAUCCCAGAUCCUUAUACAUGACUGCAGCGGACAGACAGACGUACAUGAAUGGCGUGAGAUGUUCUAACAGGAUUCCCGCCGAAAAGGUGGACCUCAGAACCGCCGUCGUGUUGUGCCGAAUGUGUGCGACUAAAAACAAGGUCUUCACCCCUUCCAAGGAACCGAACAGGGACGUUUGCGUUAUCUGUGGACUAAGAACGACAACCAAGUCCCUCAGCCAACAGGUACAUUUCUGUGCCCUGCACGACCCACCUGACACUGCGGGGAAAGACUGGUGUAUUUCAUGCGAGAAGAGCGGCUGGAGGAUCAUGAGGAGCAGCAGGGCCCAUCUGUGUGUUCAGUGUAGCUCCAACUCUUUGGAAAACACGUGCGCAAAACUUCUGGUGUAGCGGUAAAACUUAACAGCUGUCACUUAGCAUUAAAGUAAUGACUAUGUUCGAACCAAUGAC